UCCCGAGUGGUGCAGCGGUCUAAGGCACCUCAUCUCAGUGCUAGAGGAGUCACUACAGAGCCUGGUUCAGGAAAAUUAGCGCAUCGAGCAUAACACAAUCAAACCUUUUACCCAUAGAUAGAUAGGCUAGACAUUUUUUUUGUGAAGCUUGCACUCAAUUGACCCUCCCCGUUGCACACAACUAGCUUCCAUUCCACAUGUCACAAGGGACAAUUUAUGGCUGAUUUAAGAUGAAAACCUCUACCAUGUUACCUUAAUGGCACUUUAGUAUUUGAUUAUUAGUUAACGCCUUGAGAUUGGAAAACAUGUUUUUUUAUGACAGAAUGUUAACAUGAGGUGUAAUAAAUAGUUACACUAGCCGACGUGUACUCUAUCCGUGGGUCUACCGCAAUCAGAAUAUGCAGGUCGGCAACUUUCACUAGUCUUUUUCAGCCACAGCACAUACCUAUUCCUGGUGUGUAGCUAGAAUAACACACAACCGUCACAAAAUGGUUUUAUGUUGCCAUGGAGUCCACUUUCUCUGAUGUUGUGCAAGAAUAUGUUUCAUCCACAGAGCAAAAGCUGGGAGAGGGGAUCUACUUCAGCGGCAGCGUGCACGGGGCAGAGAGGCUGUGGAAGGGCUCAGCUGACGAGGAGUACCUGUACUUCAUUGAGGCACAGGUGCUGACUGGCAAGUCAAUUGUUGGCUGUCCAGGUCUCAUCGUGCCUCCUCCCUUUGCCAGAGACCCACUCACCCUGUAUGACAGUGUGAAAGGAGGCGGAGACACCUGGGUCAUCUUCAAUGGUCACCAGGCUCUACCUGAAUAUCUGAUCACCUGCAAAAAGCCUACAUACGUAAAACCUCACGCAUUGUUCAACUGGGGUAAAGCUAAAAAGCCACAAAAGAAUGAGGACAUUGUCAUCAAGGGCCGGGAAGUGGAUCGUUGGAUCAAGGACCUGAACCUAAAGGAAGCAGAGAGCAGCAGCAUCCCACACGACGCUGUCUACCUGUCCGAAUCCAACCGCCACCGCAUCCAUGCCAUGAGAAUCCAGGAAACGCUGAGGAAGGCCAGGGACAAAGAGUCCUUCAACUGGAACAUUAAAGUGCCUAGCAACAUGGUGGAUUGGCAGCAGUAGCCAAGGGGGCAGUACCAGAGAUUCCACCCCAUCCAUAACUUCCAUCUGCAGCAGGCGCUGGAGAGGAAGCAGCCCCGUGUGGAGGUCUCUGUCCGGGGGAAAAUGUGCAAGUUCACCCUGCCUGACAGGGCUGCUAACAAGACAAGUGGAAACAUCCUCAAAAGCAGACAAAUCGACAAGUUAGCAGCGCAACCUAUUGAGAGUCUCCCUCAGCAUUGGGAUGCCAUGCCAGCCAACACGUCCUGCCUGUCCUGCCUCAUUCAGCCAGGAAGCCCAGAGCACAAUGAAGUUUUAAAACUGUUCCGAGCCACCUGCCCCAACAAAGUUAUAAAGAUUGAGAGGAUCCAGAACCCAACCCUGUGGAGGAGUCUCCAGAUCAAGAAACAUGACAUGGAGCUCAGGAACGGUCACCAGAAGAAUGAGAAGAGGCUCUUCCAUGGAACAUGCCACACAACCAUCAAUCACAUCAACAACCAUGGCUUCAAUCGGAGCUUUGCUGGGAAAAAUGCUACAGCAUUUGGAAAUGGCACCUACUUUGCCGUCGGUGCCAGCUACUCUGCCAGUAGCACAUACUCAAGAGCAGAUCUCCAAGGGCAGAAGAAUAUGUACCUAUGUCGAGUUCUGACUGGAGAUUUCACAGCAGGACGACGUGGGAUGACAGUGCCUCCAGCUAAAAGCACCACGACUGUUGAACUCUACAACAGCGUGACAGACCACCCAUCAAGGCCAUCUAUGUUUGUUGUUUUCCAUGACAAUCAGGCAUAUCCUGAGUACUUGAUCACUUUCUUCUAGACCCUGCGGAGAAAAGCAAAGAAAUCAAUGCUCUUACUAAACUUUCAAAACACUUCCUUAUGAUUAUGACUAUGUGCCUUAUAAACUGUUAUACACAACUUUUAUUGAAGAAAUGAAAAUGACUGAUGUCACUUCUGCAUGGAAAAGUGUAACCAUUACAGGUUAUAAUGUAACCCGGUUCAAUCUAACCCUAGCCUGAACCACAACCACAACCACAACCACAACCACAACCCGAACCCGAACCCUAACCCUAACCCUAACCCUAACCCU